AUGGUGGACUCUGACGUACCCAAGCUUGUGGAAGCCUUGCAGACCAGCCACCAUGAGAUCCUGUCGCGCCUGGACACGCGGCUCCGAGACUUCGAGGACAUGCUGCGCCUUCGCCUGGCCAGGUCUGAUCCAAGGUUCCCCAGCGAGCUCGAGACUGAGAUUCCUCACGCGAUCCGGAUGACUGGCAGCUCCGAGAAGCUGGAUAAGUAUCAACGGCAGCGGUCCAGUGCGCAGUCCAACGAAUCGGAGCUCUUGGAGGGUUUGAACAGCCACGACCUGGCCGUCCUCACGCACAAUCGCCUCGUGGAGGCUUUCGAGAGCAAGGCCAAGGUUGAGGCUAAGGAUCCGGAAGAAACGAAGCAACCAGUCGGCUGGCAGAGAUGUCAAGACUUCUCUCGGCGAGUGGUGAAUUCCAGCUUCUCGAAUGCCUUCUUCGCUUUGGUAGUGUUGUCCAACUCGGUCUACCUGGGGGUGCAGCUGGAAUAUUAUGCGCAAGUCCGGAAUCCUGCGGAUUCGGCCUAUGCCAUCUUCCUGACGGUGCACCUGACGUACGCCGUCCUAUUCACAGCGGAGGUCUGCCUUCGCCUGGCUGCCGAGGGAUUAGUGUCUUAUCUCUGGUCAUCGGAGUGGCACUGGAAUUGGCUCGACGUCUUUGUGGUCUCAUCGUCGUGGAUAGAGCUCAUGAUCGACAUUGUAACCCCGGGUGCAGGCGGUCGGGGAACGAACAGCAACUUGAGGCUUAUGCGGCUGAUUCGCAUCGGUCGACUGUUCCGGGUGGUCCGAAUCAUGAAAGUGGUGCGCUUGUUCCGCUCUUUGCGGACCUUGGUCCAGUCACUGGUGGGAACGCUGAAAUCACUGGCAUGGGCCAUGGUCCUGCUUUCCCUGAUCAUGUAUAUAUUUGCGAUACUUUUUACUGAUGCGGCCCUGGACUACAUCAUCGAACUAAAAGACCAAGUCGAGCCUUUAACUCUGGAGGAAGAGAAUCACCUGGCGGAUGUGAGUCGAUAUUUCGGGUCUUUGUACCGCUCCUUCAUUACAAUGUUCCAGGUAAUUUCUGAUGGACUGACGUGGAGCUCUCCGGCACAGGCCCUCUACCGACUUCCGGCAUUGGGCCCAUACCUAUGGGUCCAGCUGUUCCAUUUUUACAUUGCUUUCGUAUCAUUUGCGGUACUCAAUGUCAUGACUGGUUUUUUCUGCAGCAGCGCUAUCAAAGCAGCGGAGAGCGAUCAUGAAAUGGUCGUGCAAUCAUUGGUCCAAACGCGGCAGGAGCUCAGGGAUCUCGUGUCGCACCUGUUCACCAAAAUCGACUCCCGAGGCGAAGGACACAUCACCUACACGGAAUUUGAGCAGUUCUUUCAAGAUGAAGGAGUCAAGGCCUUCUUUGAGUCUUUGCAGAUCGGAGCUGUGGAUGCUUGGACACUUUUCGUGUCUCUUGACAUGGAUGGCGAUCACACUGUGAGUGUGGAGGAGUUCACGGAACGGUGUAUGCAACUCCACGGUCCUGCCCGAUCUGCAGACCUGUUCGCCCUCAGGCAGACUACGGUGAAACUGAGCCAGCAAGUGAAGCAACUGCAAGAUGCGCAGAAGCAAAGCAAUCGACUUGUCAGCAAGUCCGUGGGCAAGUUGGAGCGCGACUCACGGCCAGAACCCUUCAGCGUCUGA